AUGUCACUGCGACGGAGCUGCCAUGGCUAUCGCCUCUUCGGCCGAGCAGGCUCAGAGUUUGCUGAUGACCAUCGAGCGGAAAGGCUCCAGGAUGAAGUCACAAAAGCAGUGCGGGAUCGGCAAGUCAUGCGCGAGGUCAUUCAGAAGUGUCCACCUUUAGCCUUGAAGUUACUGCUGCUGUUCGUUGAGCAGAUCAUGCGAGCACCGAUGGAAGCUGAUCUCGCAGAAGCGAGGGAAGUACACCUGGCUUUCAACACGGUGAAGGUUUGGUUGCUUCACGACGUGCUGCCCAAAGAGAAUCCGGAGGAGGUCAUCGCCGGGUGGAAUCUUGAGAAGACUGAGGCAAAGUUCUUCAAUCACUACAAGAACAUUUGGCGCGCCAUCUACACGCGUGAUGCUGACCGUCGCGAUGGUGAGGAGUCUGGUCCCGAUUUCAUAGCGAUGGCGUUGGAUCGCAAUCAGCGUGGCCAUGAGACCAGCCGCUCCCAGAGUUUCUAUGGGAUCUGCCCAGAGGCCGAGAAAUCUCAGCAUGUGAAUGUGUUGGAGGAGGGCCAGUGGGGCAAAGUGGUGGAGGGUCCAGUGCCCAGUAAGAUGCUUCUCAUCGGCAACAGUUUGUCAUUGUAUUGGCAGGCCCGCGGACUUGCAGAGUUGAUCGGUGCAGCCUUCCUGGCAGCUGGGGGGCAGGAACUGGCAAGCAGAUUUACGGAUUUUCUACCACGGGCAACACGGCAAGGAGUUCCUUGGAGCAACUUUUCCACCGAAGUGGCAUUGAUCUGUCGAGCAUGUCCGGAAGAGGAGGAUUGGAGAUGGCCGCAUUCCUGUCUUGGAAGUUGGUUUCGGCCCAUUUUGCCAAUGGUGCAGGCUGACACCCAACGUGCACUGCAUUCGAGUGGUGCAGAGGCAGCAGUGCGAGCCUUUCUAAGAAGGUACGAUGCCGUGAUCCAUUUCAGGUGCUUCCCACACUUUGACAGCGCAAGUAUCUAUCCUCUAGCUGCCUUCUCUAUGUAUGCAGCCCUACCUCCCAGUAUGGCAGUGAAAGAGGAUUUGCGCUUUAUCAUUGUUUCGGGACCUUUGGGAGAGCCUUGCAGCGCCGCUGCCAGAGCAUUGGGAUCAUAUUUGCAGCGACGGUUUCCUCAGGCAGAAGUGGUGCAGAAAUUCGGCUCUGCACCUGAGGGGAAGAUGUCAGAGGAUUUGUCCGAUGGAGCGGACGAGGAGUUUGAUUUUGCCUUGCAGGUCUAUGCUCCAGUGCUCUUUCGAUCGCCAAGCUCCUUCUCCUUGUGGGCUGCCUUGGCCAGAAAUGAGGAUCAACUCGUGAUCACUGCUGUCAACCCACCAAAGCUUGCGCAUUACGGCUGGCGAUGGCCUUCAGCGAACUUUGGGCGCAAUUGGCGUUGGGUGGAGGUACCCCUUCUGACAAGGGAGGUUGUUGCAAAGCACAAGUUCAACUUCAAGGAUCAUCAUCACUGGGUGGAGUGGCUGGAGACGCAUUGA